AUGCAUUCCACUGAGCCUUCGCCAACCGAGAGGGGGCGCGCCAGACUUCCGUCUCUCGCUCAGGCUAUUGGUACUUGGGAUGAGGAGGUUGAUCACCACAUCAACAGUCACCUCAAAGGUCAUGCCAACAGCCAGGUUGCCAAGGCCAACGGCAAGACUGCUGCGAGGCCAAAUGCACCCAAAAAGUCACACACCUACGACUGUUCCCGGUCACAACUUCCCGGGACUGCUGCCCCGGUGACGGCGCCCUCUUUCAGGGCGAACAGCUAUGUAGCAGCUGUCCAAAGCCUCGACCCCCGACCGCUCCAGCAGCUGCACAACGAGCGGUCCUACCUCGUCUACAACCUCCAAAAGCAGGGCCAACGUGCCACCCGGCUCUUCCAAAAGUAUGCCGCUCUCGAGGCCCUCAUGUCGGGCAACCAGACACCCGCCGAGGCCAAGAAGUCAAAAAGGGAGAUGUCCUCUCUCAAGAACAAGAUCAGCGAAAGCACCCAGCAAGAGCAGCUUAUCCUCAUCCGCCUCGGCGAGCUCCACAUUGAGCUCCAAAAUCGAGACCGCUGGAUGCAAGUCCACCAGCCUCUCCCUCCUCAGCUGCUCCCCAUCAUGCAGCAAUACCCCCCCAUUCUCGCUGCGGCUACCGCCGGCGUGCAUUACCAUCCCCAAGGGCAAUACUACGAAGAGACCCCCUUGACCGCCACCGCGGCCCCCUUCUCUCCCGGGGGAGGAGAAGAGUACUUUUACGAGAACGAGGAGAUCUACGAAGAAGACGACCCAGGCCAACCCACCGCCCUGGACCCAAUGUCCCCUUGCUUCACCCCCGCGGUGCAAUUCUCAGAAGACAUCUGGUCCCGCUCACUCCGGCCCACCUCUGACAAUCAUGGUCUUGAGGAAAUCGGCCCCAAGACUGCGAUUCCCGAACCGGGCUCUUCCUCCUCUGCGACUACAGAAGAGUCCGAUAUCCCAGGGCAGUCAACGCCCAUCAAGCAAGAGGAGCUGGAGUCCUACCCCGGAACUGAGACCGAUAAUGACGCUCCUAUUCCCCCUACUGCUAUCCGGGUCACUACCACUACCACUACCACGACGAGACAGGAAGAAGAUCCGGAGUCGUCUGGUGAGGAGGUGGUCAACGUGAAUGACUCGACCUGGGCCACGGAGGAGGACGACUCCGAGCCGGAGGAUGUCAACGCGUGGAAAAAGAAGCUGAAGAGGCUGAGCCAUCAUGCUGUUCCCUUGGCGCUGAGGGCGAGGGAUAAGAGGAUGAGCUUGCCGAGUUUGAAGGACUUGUGGCCGAGGAGCAGGAAGAAUAGUUUGGCUUCCUAG